GUCUUUCCACUAGCAUAAUGUUACACGGACAGACAAUCAAUCAUAACUCGCCAUCACCGCCUUCGACAAGACAUGAGUCGCCUGCAUCUAUCAGGCCAACAAUAUCAGCUGAACUAGACUUCCGAGAAGCUAACCUUACCGUAUUUGAGAAUGCAGAAGCAAAAACAGCUGUUAGAGAUCGCAAUCAGGACCAACUCUGGGUACAAUCAAAUGAAAUGAAUAGUGCAGCCUUCGACCUAAAACAGCUUUCUGUUCUGCCUGCAGAUUUCUAUGAAGCUCUCGUCAAUCAAUAUCCCUCCGCUAUUGAGGCAGUUCCAGUGCGUCAGGAAGCCAUUAAUGGAGUCAUCAUUGCUUUUGAUUCCGCAGAAUCUCGCAUAACCGCUUGCAAUAUUGGUAUAGCAGUUGGGAGUUUCACCGUAAUCGGCACACCUACGUUACUUCCUACUAGUUCCAUUUACCAAGUUUCGCUUGAAAAGCUACCUUUGAUGAGGUCAGACAGUUUAACUCCACUUCUGACUGAGACGUUCUCUCGCUACGGCACAGUUCUCCAUGCUGGUUUAUAUCGCGAUCCGGUUAGUCGUCUUUUCUUCGGUAAAGGAAGUAUGGCACCUCAUUGUUUUAACUGCCAUAAGCCUGGCUACACGAGAGGCAACUGUCCUCGCCUCUCUCAGCAAUGUGUUAAGACUUGUUACAGCUGUGGGGAUCCAGGCCAUUUGAUUAGGGAGUGUCCCAAACGUAACACGGCCACUGUAGGCGAGAAACGCACCUGCUACGAUGAUUCUUUGCCUACCAUACCCACGUCGUCUUCAUCAUUGAAUUUAGGCUCUUCAUCCGCUCAGAACUCCUCAUCAUCAACACCCAUUGUAUUUGCUGUAUCUAGAUCUGUGUACCAAUCUGGCAUUGAGUCUUCUAUGACAGCCAACAUCCAGAAAAAUAUUGUACGAACUGGGUCAAAGGCAUCCACCACUAUCAUUACUGCAGUUAUUCCUGAGGAGGAUGACGAUGCCUACGACACAGAUUAUGUUCCUUCCGAUGGUCAAUCAGAAUCUGAUGAGUCUGAGCACGAUUCUGAUGUUAUGUCAAUAGAUUCACAAGAGAGACAAGAUAUCGAAGACGAUGCGCAUCUUCUACAGAGUAACUCCACUCCGGGCGCAGUCCCACAGUCAGAUGGGGAAGCGGCUCAUUCAUCAUCCACACAUCGAUUAUGGGAGAUACCACACGUGUCUCUAUAACUUCGCUUAAUUGUCGAGGUCUUAAAAAAAUUCUCCAAGAGGGAAAUUAUUUGCCCGUUAUACUCGUUCCUUAGAAAUCGACAUCAUAGCCUUACAAGAAACUCAUGCCGACUUCUUCGGCCUU